AUGGGUGUAUACGAAACUUUGUUCUUGUUAUUUGCGUCUCAGGCGUUGGCCGCGCCUGUAGAUGGCCAAGAGGGUACAAAGAAUGCCGCCGGCCAGAAUGGCGUCCUGCACCUGCCUUUGGUCCACUUCGCAAAAGAAGUCGAUGUCAGAAAUAUUGAGAAGCGUGGAUUCUCGACUCCCCUUGACUAUUUCAAAUAUGAUGGAAAGAACGCAGUCACGGCUGUAGGCAUCGUUUUGGACGUCGGGACACCGCCGCAAAAGGUCAUCUUGGAACCAGACACCGGAUCGUCCAAGUUUUGGGUACUCGGUCUAAAGCCUGGCGAUACUCGCGGGAAUGAGCCGUCUGCUUAUUUUGAUCAAAAACAAAGCCAGUCUUUGCAAGACAUGAACAAAGAGGAUGGGGCAGCUUAUGGUUCAGGCGAGCGUGUUACUUAUAAUAUGGUUACUGAUAAAGUCUCUUUUGAAGGUAAAUCCUUAGACCAGAUGAAAUUCGGUGUGGGCAACUUGACCGCUCCUCACACAAGUUUGGGACGACUUGUCGGCGUAAUGGGCUUAAUACCCGACCCCAAUGUUAAAGAUUUUAUUCUUGACAAGGUCCUAGAGAAGAACUUGGUCAAGUCUCGAGCCUUCAGCCUUGGCGUUCGCGAAAAGGGUAAAGGGGCUCUCGCCUUUGGCGGAUAUGACACUAAAAAGUUCUCUGGUCCUCUUGAGAAGUUGCCCAUUCAGCCAGCCAAAAAGACAGGGACAACGAGCCAAUAUAUUGUCGAAGUCCAAUCUGUACUAUUCAACAACGGUACUGGCAAUAGUGCAGUCGCGAUGGACAAAGGGGACAUUGAAAACGGCAAGCCGUUAACUAUGGGCAUCGAUUCCGGAGCCCCAGCUUUGGGGAUUUCUAUGGCACUGGGGAGACUCCUUAUGGAAAGGACGGGGGCCAAGUUUAAACUCGAUCCCCGAGUUCUCGAGUUCGCAUGCGAUGUAGUCGACGCCAAAGCUUCGUUUGAUUUCAAGAUGAGUGAUAAGACGGUCAUUUCGAUCCCUCUUUCGGAUUUCGUUAGGAGCCGAAUUGACAAUGACAAAACUUGCCAAUUGGCUGUUCAACCCUUCGAGGGUCCUGCUGACCUUUGGAUUGGCGGACACUUUUUACGCAGGGCUCUGGUUGUUUAUGAUCCGGAUAAUAAAAACGUCUACGUCGCUCGAGGGGCGGAUUGUGGCUCGAACCUUGUGGCUAUUGAUGGUAAAAUGCCAGACGCUGCGGUAAUUGGCGAGUGUAAGGAAGAGGCUCCGGUCUCCAACGCACCAACGGACGAGCCUCCAAAUACGCAGCCGGUCCUCGACGAGGAUGAUAUUCGAGAUGCCUGA